AUGGCCUCCACCCUCUCAGAAACCGCGGCAGCUGUUGGCAAACGAGAAACUUCUUCAAAGUUGCGCGGUGAGUUGCGGAAGGUCGGCCUCUUCUUAACCAUCUGCUGGAGCCUAUGGAACGCAAGAAAUCAGAAGGUUUGGAACAACAUACAUGUCAACCAUGGCAACAUUAUUCGAGAAGCCAGUGCUUUCCUUGAAGCUUGGAGACAAGUUCACUGCAAGGAUAGUAGCUAUACAUCUGUUAGGCAAAAGGUGAAAUGGAAGAAACCACCAGAAACCACUCUCAAGUUGAACAUGGACUCUGCAUUGGCUAAGGAAACCAGAACAACAAGGGUUGGGGCCAUCAUCAGAGAUCAUAAUGGACAAUUUGUUGUUGCCAUGGUGAAAACUGCAAGAUCGUCAAAACUGUAUCCCAAAGGGCUCCACAUGCUUUCUCAAUCGCAAGUGUCUUCUAGAGUAUGA